AUGCAUCAACACCUAGCUAUAGACCAGGCCAUCAUCACAGCAAUACAUCAACACCUACCUAUAGACCAGACCAUCAUCACAACAAUACAUCAAAACCUACUUAUAGACCAGACCAUCAUCACAACAAUACAUCAACACCUACUUAUAGACCAGACCAUCAUCACAACAAUACAUCAACACCUACUUAUAGACCAGACCAUCAUCACAACAAUACAUCGACACCUACUUAUAGACCAGACCAUCAUCACAACAAUACAUCAACACCUACUUAUAGACCAGACCAUCAUCACAACAAUACAUCAACACCUACUUAUAGACCAGACCAUCAUCACAACAAUACAUCAACACCUACUUAUAGACCAGACCAUCAUCACAACAAUACAUCAACACCUACUUAUAGACCAGACCAUCAUCACAACAAUACAUCAACACCUACUUAUAGACCAGACCAUCAUCACAACAAUACAUCAACACCUACUUAUAGACCAGACCAUCAUCACAACAAUACAUCAACACCUACUUAUAGACCAGACCAUCAUCACAACAAUGCAUCAACACCUACCUAUAGACCAGACCAUCAUCACAACAAUACAUCAACACCUACUUAUAGACCAGACCAUCAUCACAACAAUGCAUCAACAACUACUUAUAGACCAGACCAUCAUCACAACAAUACAUCAACACCUAGCUAUAGACCAGAUCAUCAUCACAGCAAUACAUCAACACCUAGCUAUAGACCAGACCAUCAUCACAACAAUGCAUCAACACCUAGAUAUAGACCAGACCAUCAUCACAACAAUGCAUCAACACCUAGCUAUAGACCAGACCAUCAUCACAACAAUGCAUCAACACCUACUUAUAGACCAGACCAUCAUCACAACAAUGCAUCAACACCUAGAUAUAGACCAGACCAUCAUCACAACAAGGCAUCAAAAACUAGAUAUAGACCAGACCAUCAUCACAACAAUGCAUCAACACCUAGAUAUAGACCAGACCAUCAUCACAGCAAUACAUCAACACCUAGAUAUAGACCAGACCAUCAUCACAGCAAUACAUAACACCUAG